GGAAAACUCCCACUACCUUAUCUCCUCCCAAGUCACUCGUAGAGUCGUAGUAUCAGUUGGGAAGAAGCCCAUCAGAGUCUAAUCCUUUUGAUCUCAACUGUUUUCCUCUGCUUUGCACUGCUCUUUGUGGCCAGAAACCAAACACGUGACACUGGGGAGCAUGGCCACCACGCCCAGCCUUCUCCGAUCCUCUGUUCUUCCCAGCUCGAACCUUCACCGCCAUGCUUCCCGCAUCCACUGCAGUUUACUUCCUCCCUCUCUGCCCACUCCAUCAUCGAAUACCCAGCUCCCCAUUCCCAUCGUUAACCCACAUAAGCUCAUCGCCGGCGCCGUUACCCAUCUGCGCUCGGCUUCUCUGCCGCUCGCCGCAGCCGCAUUGCCAUUCUUUUUAGAUACCAAGGAUGCGGUGGCGGCGGGAGGGGAAUUUGGGUUAUUGGAAGGGAGGAGUUUGGCCCUCGUUCACCCAAUUGUGAUGGGCGGGCUCUUCUUCUACACAUUGUGGGCAGGGUAUUUGGGUUGGCAAUGGAGGCGGGUGAGGACGAUUCAGAGCGAAAUCAGUGAGCUGAAGAAGCAAGUCAAGCCUGCUGCAGUUACCCCUGACGGGAGCCCUGCUGCACCGCCGGCCGCUCCUUCCCCUGUUGAAUCCAAAAUUCAGCAGCUCACCGAGGAGAGGAAAGAAUUGCUGAAAGGAGGGUUCAGGGACAAGCACCAUGACGCUGGGUCGAUUUUGCUGGCAUUUGGAGUGCUUGAAUCAGUUGGGGGAGGGCUCAACACCUGGCUCAGGACUGGGAAGCUCUUCCCUGGUCCUCAUCUGUUUGCAGGAUCAGCAAUAACGGUGUUAUGGGCAUUGGCAGCAGCUCUAGUCCCGGCAAUGCAGAAAGGGAACGAGACAGCCAGAAAUCUUCACAUUGCCUUGAACGUGGCCAAUGUUCUGCUUUUUGUCUGGCAGAUCCCUACUGGGCUCGACAUUGUUCUCAAGGUCUUCGAGUUCACAAAGUGGCCUUGAGUUGCAGCCAACAUUCCUUCUUCACUAGAUGAUUCAUAUCAUAUUGUAUACUAUGUUGUAAAAUUUAAUCUCGCUGUUCUAUACAUUUCCAUCGUGUAAUCUUCCUUUUGUAAGUCGUUUCUAGAUGUCGACUUUAUUAUCAACCUAGAGGUUUCUGGUUUGAGACUGUAACAGAAGCAAAGGAACAAGAAAUCGAGAGAUUAGUUUUGGGAAUUUUAAUUCCUAUAAUUAAUUGAGGGAUAAUUUGCAAUAUUCCAAAAGUCCAGGACAGGGUUUAUAUACAAUCCAAAUAAAAAAAAAACAUCACAGAUGUGGAACAUUGAUUACAAUUUGACCAUGGCAAAUGGCAAAAAACCAACUCCUUCACAGAAAAAAGAUCAUCAACAAGAAGAGCAGGAAGACAACUUCUUCAGCUCGCUGAUCUCCAUAUCCGCUCCCGAAAUCACGUCGAUCUUUUCCCCCUGCAGCGCCCCGCCGUUGGCCUUGGCCGGAUCGGCGGAGGAAUCCAGCGACUUCUUCGACACGGCGGCGUAGAUGUGCUCCAGCACCCGGAAGAAGGCCUUGUCCACGUUGUCCCCGCUCAAUGCGGAGGCCUCGGAGAAGAAGAGCCCCUGCUCCUCGGCGAACUCGACGGCGUCCUCCGUCGUGACGGCGCGGUGGUCGGCGGCCAGGUCGGCCUUGUUGCCAAUGAGCAUGAUGACGAUGGAGCUGUCGGCGUGCGCACGGAGCUCCUCCACCCACCUCGCCACGUGGUCGAACGUCGGCCGCUUCGUGAUGUCGUACACCAGCAUCGCUCCCAGCGCUCCCCUGUAGUAUGCGCUCGUCACAGCCCGGUACCUGGCCGGCGGUGUCCCAGAUCUGGGCCUUGAUGACCUUGCCCUUUAUGCUGACGGUGCGGGUCUGGAACUCGACCCCAAUUGUGGAUUUGGAGUCGAAGCAGAACUCGUUCUUGGUGAAUCGGGCCAGCAGCUGAGUCUUCCCCACCGCCGAGUCGCCAAUCACCACGACCUUGAACACGUAGUCUAUGCUGUCCGCCGGGACGGCGCCGCCGCCGUCUCGCCGCCCGUGGGCCUCCGCCUCCACCCCGGUCAUCUCCUGAUUCAUCUCCGCCUUCCGGCACUGAAAAGAGACGUGGUUGGCGUCGCUUGUGCGUGAGGGAGAAUGGGAGAGAGAGAGAGAGGGAAACACGGAACGGAAGCGAAGGUGGCAAGUGUUUAUUGGGUCUAA